AUGAAGGUGCUUCGCCGCUCGCUCCACAAAGAGAAGGACAGAAUAUCAGCCGGCUCGCCCACCAGACCAGACUUCAGCCAUCCACCCCCCCCAUCAUCAAACAAACACAGCUCCAAACAACUACCCACUCAGCCAUUCGCAUCCCUCGCUGCCGGAAGCCAGAACCCAACCAACCCGAGAUCGAUCGGAAAACCACCGACACUGGUCAUCAAGGCUAUCACCGCCUACAAGUCAAAACGGAUAGUCGAGCUCUCAUUCCAAAAGGGCGACUUCUUCCAUGUCGUCGGCGAGCGAGACGACCACGAGGGAAGCUGGUUCGAGGCCUCCAACCCAGCCACCGGCGCACGCGGCAUCGUACCUAAACACUGCUUCGAACUAUUUGGGAAGAAACAGAACGAACUACCCUCAACAACACCCACCGCGACCACCUUCCCACCUAGGAGCUCAGCCCCCGGCUUCCAAUCCUCUGCCAUCCACCAACCCAGCUCACCCCUACUCGUCCGAACGCCCCUAUCUGCUGAUCCCUUCAGAACUAAUAAUCCCAACUCGAAAACUCAGCCUCUCUACGGAAUUGUCCAGCAUGAUUUUGUAGCCGAGAGACCCGAUGAGCUUGAUGCCAAGAGGGGCGAGCCGAUCAUCGUGAUUGCACAGAGCAACCAUGAAUGGUUUGUAGCUAAGCCAAUCGGCCGACUGGGUGGUCCCGGCUUGAUACCCGUCUCAUUUGUUGAAGUGCAAGAUGUCAAUACUGGAAAAGCACUGGCACCCAAUCAAGUACAAGACCUGAUCAGGAGUUCAGUGGUCCCCGCAGUAGAAGAAUGGAAAAAAGCUACAGCGGCUUACAAGGGCAACAGUAUCCCGCUCGGCAAGUUCGACUUUGCAGCCUCAUCGCCCCCCAUGCCUGCAACAAACAGCCACGUCUCCGCCAACCCCGGCUCAUUCAACCACCCCACCUCCUCCCGCUCCACAUCCACCUCCCACACCAGACAGCAGUCGUCUGGCGUAGGCUACGACCAUCCUUCGUCUGCCCGAGCCCCGCAGCAUGACUCGUGGCAUGGCGCCGGUGGCGGCGGAGACCCGUCCGCGUACAAUCGGCACUCCAGGCAGUCCUCGACUAACGCACCCUGGAACGGCCCCUCGACCUCUUCUCGGCAAUCACCAACUCAGCAGGGCCGACAUUACCAAGAUGAACUGCAUCCAGAAUCAGGCCCCGAGGGAGAUGGCUAUGCGACCGUCGAUGAGCUCCGAGAACGAUACGGGGUCGUCGUCCAUGCCAGUGUCGAGUCCUUCCACUUCGAACAGGGCCACUACUGGUUCCAUCUCCGAGCACACUUCAGCCGGAUCUCAGAGGAUGGGCAGGACGAGCAGACCACCGUCCUGGUCCUCUACCGGCUCUACGAAGAUUUCUACGACUUCCAGGCCGCACUCAUUGAGACCUUCCCAGACCAAGCAGGGGGUCCCAAUCUGCCCCGGAUGCCCGGGCCGACGGACAACGUGGACGAAUUAGUGUGUGCGCAGAGGGUCGAAGACCUGUCGACCUAUCUGCACGAGCUGUGUGAGCUGCCGCUCUACAUCCGCGAGUCUGAGCUGGUGUACGAGUUCUUGGGCCCUCGGGAGGGAGAUGUGGAACUGGAGGGCGACCCUGGCAAUCUGGGGCUGGAUGACCGCUCGCCGACUGAGGUGGAGGGCGAGGUGGUGGAGUAUCUCCAGCGGAUGGAUUCCUCGCAUGGCGACGAUGGCCGGCUGACGGAGCUAAACGAGUCGAUCUCGCGCCUCUCGACGGGCUCGAACGGCCCGCCCGAUUCCUACCAGCAUCACCAACAUCAUCGCCGGCAAUCGUCGCACGCGUCCCAGCCGGGCUAUCAUUCGCGGAUGAGCCGGGGCUCGACGGGGCCGGCGGGCUACCAUCACCGCGCCCAACGCUCCCAAGAUCUGCGUCCGUUCUCAAGCUCGACGACUAGCUCCGAGGGCCUUUCCUCCCAUCUCCCGUCUACCCACACGUCGGCCUCGUCGGUCCAACUGGGCUCCCGCGUGACCUCAAUGACACCCGCCGGCCCCAUCGAUCACCAACGCGUCUCCUCUACCAACACCACCAACCCGAGCACGGGGUUCUUGAGGAUCAAGAUCUACCAGCGCCAGACCGACGACCUCAUCGCCAUCCGCGCUCCCACCGGCGUCCAGUUCCAGGAGCUCCUCCAACGCAUCCAGGAGCGCGUCGGCACCGAUGUCCGCUCUAUUCGCUUCCGCGACGAGUCCGGCGCCGGAUACUCUACCGGCGGAUCGACUCCUCUUAACGCUAACAACGGCGCGAGACUUAUCGGUAUCGAUAAUGAUGGCGACCUCGAUCGCUGGAUUGGUUCCGGGAACCGUUGGAAUCCCUUCAUACAAACCAGACCUUACUAUCCUCUUGUCUCGACGCUUUUCCUACUCGCCUUUGUCCUUUCUCUCCCAUCUCUUCCUCCUCUUCUAUUUUAUAUUAUAUAA